AUGGCCUUGGGAUGUAUGUUAGCUCAGAUUGAUGACUCAGGAAAGGAGCGAGCUAUUUACUACCUAAGUAAGAGGAUGCUGGAGUAUGAAGUGAAAUAUGUUAUGAUUGAGCACCUAUGCUUAGCACUGGUUUGGGCUACCAGGAGAUUAAGGCAUUACAUGACAGAGUAUUCAGUGCAUUUGAUAUCCCACCUAGACCAGUUGAGAUACUUAUUUGAUAGACCUGCAUUGACUGGCAGACUGAUGAAAUGGCUUGUACUUCUGAUAGAGUUUGAUAUUCAGUACAUUUCUCAGAAGUCUAUUAAGGGAAGUAUUGUCGCCAAUCACUUAGCUUCACUACCGACAUCUGAUGACAGACCAGUUGAUGAUGAUUUUCCAGAUGAGGAGUUUGUUACUAUGAUCAGCUUAUUAGGAUGGUGCAUGUACUUCGAUGGUGCAGCCAAUCAGUCAGGGUAUGGGAUAGGUGUUCUGUUGGUAUCCCCUCAAGUUGAGUAUGAGGCUUGUAUCCUCGGUUUAGAGACUACAUUGGAGCUUGACAUUAGACAGAUGAAGGUAUUCGGUGACUCCAAUCUGGUACUCAGACAAAUUCAGGAAGACUGGAAGACUAGGGACGUGAAGCUUAGGCCAUAUCAUGCUUAUUUAGAGUUGUUGGUUGCGAGAUUUGAUGACUUGAGAUAUGUUCAUCUGCCUAGAACGCAAAACCAAUUUGUUGACGCCUUAGCUACUCUAGCUUCUUCUGUGGACAUUCCGAUUGAUGUAGUUAUUCGUCCAUUGCUAAUUGAGAUGAGGUCUGCACCCGCCUACUGUUGUUUGAUUGGAGAAACAGAGGUCCAAGAUGAUCUACCUUGGUAUCAUGACAUUUAUCAGUUUCUUAGAUCUGCCACAUACCCUGAGGUAGCCACUGCCAAGGAUCGGAGAGCACUGAGGAAUUUGGCCACUAGAUUUGUGAUUUGUGGAGAUACCUUAUACAGGCGAUCAGCUGAUGGAGCUACGCCUUACUCUCUAGUGUAUGGUAUGGAGGCUGUUUUGCCAGUCGAGACAGAGAUGGGCUCAUUGAGAGUAGCCCUUAAGCAACAGAUUUCUGAGACAGAAUGGGCUCAGACUCUUUAUUGUACAUCAGAUAUCCACACUGGGGCAUAUUCCCCUCUCCUCGAUGAGAUUGUGUUUAGGCAGUGGUACAAGAAUGGACGAUCAUUGUUUGUUGUUUACCUCAUGACUUUGAUAUCGGAUCUUAUACUGGGAUUGGAUUACCCGGAUGAGCAGUAUUUUAUGCACUUUGAGAUUUACCUUUUGAGAUUCGUAGAUAGAUGUGAGCACCCUGGAUACUGGGGUAUAUUUCCCUUCUUGGUUUCAGUAGUCCGACCCUUGACACCCUGA